AUGGCGAUCCAGAAGAAGCACGGAAAAGGUCGUUUGGAUAAAUGGUAUCGGCUGGCAAAGGAGAAGGGCUACCGCGCUCGUGCUGCGUUCAAAUUGAUCCAGUUGAACAAGAAGUAUGGAUUCCUGGAGAAGAGCAAAGUUCUGCUUGAUCUUUGUGCGGCACCCGGUUCGUGGUGUCAAGUGGCUGCGGAAUGCAUGCCUGCACAGAGUAUCAUCGUCGGUGUCGAUCUCGCCCCCAUCAAGCCUAUCCCUCGAGUCAUUUCCUUCCAAAGCGAUAUCACCACCGAGAAGUGCCGUGCUACGAUUCGAUCGCAUCUCAAACACUGGAAGGCAGACACUGUCCUUCACGAUGGUGCGCCCAAUGUCGGUACAGCAUGGGUUCAGGAUGCCUUCUCCCAAGCCGAACUUGUCUUGCAAUCUUUGAAAUUGGCUACAGAGUUUUUGUGUGAAGGCGGAAACUUUGUUACCAAGGUCUUCCGGUCCAAGGAUUACAACCCUUUGCUGUGGGUCUUCAAACAGCUGUUUCAAUCGGUUGAGGCGACCAAGCCCCCUUCGUCACGUAGCGUAUCUGCCGAAAUUUUCGUUGUCUGCCGUGGCUACAAGGCGCCGAAGCGCGUCGACCCGAAGUUCCUUGAUCCCAAGCAUGUCUUCGCGGAACUGCAAGGCGCUACUCCGAACCAUGAAGCGAAGGUUUUCAACCCGGAGAAGAAGAAGCGGAGGCGUGAAGGUUAUGAGGAGGGAGACUACACCCAGCACAAGGAAAUCGCGGUCACUGAAUUCAUCAACACCACGGACCCCAUCGCCAUCCUAGGUGGUUACAACAAACUGAGCUUCCAGCAGCCCAUAGGUGGCGAUAUUGCGUUGUCUACUGUGGAUAGGCUUGAGGAAACUACAGAUGAAAUUCGAACUUGCUGUGAGGAUCUGAAGAUUCUCGGAAAGAAAGAGUUCCGCAACCUGCUUCGAUGGCGUUUGAAGGUUCGGGAGAAGUUCGGACUUGUUGUUAAAAAGAAGCAGCAAAAUGAAGAAGAUGGGGAAGAAGUGGCUGAGGUCGCCCCAAUGGACGAGGAGCUGGCGAUCCAGGAACAGCUCAUGCGCAUGCGGGAGAAGGCAAAUGCCCGUAGCAAGAAAGAGCGGCGCAAGGAAAACGAGAAGAAGCGCAAAGAGAUCGUCCGGCUGCAGCUGCACAUGACCACGCCCAUGGAUAUCGGCAUGGAGCAAAUCGGACCAGGAGGAGAGGACUCCACUUUCUCCCUCAAGCGCGUGGACCGAGCUGGUGCCAGAGAUGCUGUGGUCAAUGCUCGCGAUGUGCCUGUUGACAGCGAGAGCGAGGACGAGUCUUCAGAUGACGACGAAAGCGACGAUGACGGCGACCGUCUGGAACGGGAACUCGAUGGGAUGUACGAGCUAUACCAAGAGCGCAUGGAGGACAGAGACUCGAAAUUGCGCUCCAAGAAGGCUCGUAAAAACUACGAGGCCGAUGAAUGGGAGGGCUUCUCAGAGGAGAACAAGAGCGACAAUGAGGAAGGGGAAGAAGAAGAAGAGGACGAGGAAGAUGAAGACGAGACUAAUCUCUCGAGUGACACUGCACCCAAGUCUGGCAGCCUCUCGAAUAAUGCUUCUAUGUUCUUCGACCAGGAUAUCUUCCAAGGACUAGGAGAGGAGGAGGAGGAUGAAGAUGAAGACGACGAUGAGGAGGAGGAGGAGGAAGAGGAGGAGGAUAUUGAGAUGGACGAGGAGGAGGAUGUCCCAGCCCCUGCAUCAAAGUCCAAGGACAAAAAGGAGGCCAAAAACAAGAAGCCCGCCAAGAAGCAGGAAUCUGAAUGGAUUGAUUCCGACGAAGAGACCGAGGACCCAGGAGAUCCACGCAAACCCAAUGGCCAACUUGACAUUGAUAUCAUCACCGCCGAGGCUAUGGCUCUAGCACAGGCGAUGGCUUCGGGCGAGAAGAAAUCCGGAGAUGUCGUUGACGAUGGCUUCCACCGCUAUUCGUUCCGUGAUGUUGACGGUCUCCCCGAGUGGUUCCUCGAUGAUGAGGGCCAGCACAGCAAGAUCCAACGACCCGUCACCAAGGCCGCCGCGGCCGCAAUCAAGGAGAAGUUGCGCGCCAUAAACGCUCGCCCUAUCAAGAAGGUGAUGGAGGCAAAGGGUCGUAAGAAGUUCAAGGCCGCUCAGAAGUUGGAGAAGCUGCGCAAGAAGUCAGCCCUGCUGGCGGAUGACGAGGCCCUCAGUGAGCGUGAUAAGGCGCAGGCUAUCUCGAAGAUGAUGGGCAAAGCCACUAAGAAGAAGCCCAAGCAGCAGGUCAAGCUUGUUGUGGCUAAGGGAGCCAACCGUGGUAUUUCUGGCCGUCCCCGCGGUGUCAAGGGCAAGUACAAGAUUGUGGAUGCGCGUAUGAAGAAGGAUAUUCGGGCGGAAAAGCGACUGGCGAAGAAGAAGUCGUGA